UGCAUCGAGUUGGGGCCCGCGCAAGCUGAACAACGACCCGUCGACACGAACGGCGUUCAUUGUCAUCACUGCCGACGUUCAUUUGCAUCGCUGCCGACGUUCUUGACAUCGUCCCAUUGUUAUAGAGGUGGUGUGUUCCUUCGUGCGAGUGCGAGCGGCACAACGCCAGAACGUUGCCGGCUUCAAGUACACGCCGGGAUGGGCGAGCACGACGUACAGAUGAGGCAGGCGGGGAAGGAGGAGCCUCUCUGCGUAUCGCCACUCUUGGCAUCGUUCAAAGGCUUCCAGCUGGAGCUGGACGCGCGUCACGACAAGUACGAGCGGCUGGUGAGGCUGAGCCGCGACGUCACCAUCGAGAGCAAGCGCACCAUCUUCCUGCUGCACCGCGCCACUGUCAGCGGGGCGAGGCUGGAGGAUCUGCUGCUUGAGUCGGAAUCGAAGCUGAGCGCCGUGCGGCAAAAGGUGCGCAGCAUCGCCCUGGAGCUGCAGGGAGAGAACAUGUACCAGUACCUGAGAGCCUUCACAGCAGGCCUGCAGGAGUACGUGGAGGCGGUGUCAUUCCGCCACUUCCUGAGCACGCAGACGCUCAUCACCCGGGAGGAGGUCAACCAGCAGCUGGUGUUCCCGGGAGAGCCAUCCGUGAGCCUGGAAAUCACGUUGACCGAUUACAUCCUGGGUGUGGCCGACCUGACAGGCGAGCUAAUGCGCCUGUGCAUCGCAAGUGUUGGCGGUGGUGGCGGUGGCGGUGGCGGCGGCGGUGGCUGCGAGCCGGACCCAGACACCCCCUUCCGUCUGUGCCGCUUCUUGCGGGAGGUGUACGACGGCUUCUGCUUCCUGGGCAACCUGGGGCCCUACGAGCUGUCGCGCAAACUGCACGUGCUGCGCCAGAGCCUGUCCAAGUGCGAGGACGCGUGCUACGCGCUACGCGUGCGUGGCUCCGAGGUGCCUCGGCACAUGCUCGCCGACCUGGUGUCUCUCCGUGGCGGGGGGGGUGCGCGCGGUCUCGCCGACGGUGAGCGAGACGGUGACGCGGGGUUGUAGCUCGCGCGUUCCGCGUCCAACGCCGCCAAGUUUACCUGCGUUAUUUUUGAUAUACACGCGCGCUCGUGUGUUUUGACUUUAGUGUCGUCUACAUAUUGUCCAUACAAAGUGCGUCGCUGCUCAGCUGAUAGUGGGCCGUGCUCAUAUCUGCUGCCUUGAGCCAUCGGUGGGAAUUCAACAAGGCUCGGGUGGAGGCCUCGCUCCCCAUAGGGCAAUCGUUGAUGAUUUCCCGUACGUGACAGUCGUGUUGUUUACCCAUGGAGGUGAUUGGCUGAGCUGACUCCUGAUUUCGUUUUGUGACCUGGCUAUCAGUUGAACUUCAUAACCGCCCCAUUGCAAGUUGUAUGAAAGUGUCUCUUAAAUUUCACUGCAAUCGGCAGAGCUCUUGUCAGAUUUAUAUGUGGGAAUGAACGUGGAAGAUGACACUGCUGAACUACCUCUGAAGGCUUAGCCAUAACAAGAUUACCCUACUAGUUUAGUAGUUCGCUCCAUAGCUAUUAUCUAAUUUGAAACUAUACUACAGGGGCUAAGCCUGGCCAAUUAAAAUCUGUAUGGGAUGUUGCGAUAAUUAUUAUUCAGGAUUUGUGUGGGAAGAAGCUAGUUAGUGGAAGGACCCACAUUUAGACUCCACAGAUAAGCAGGCACUCGCAUGUCUGUCUUACAACCCAUUUAGUUUCGUUGAAUUCAACAGCCUCCCCACACAGCCGCUCUACUGGCGUGUUCCACCACUCACGCACUACAUGGAUUACCCUUGGUUGGAGGCCAGUAUUUUUAGACUCGGUAGUUCCGACUCUGUGCUUUAUACAGGUGUAGCGUUACCUCCAUCAACAUCCUGGUCACUCUUGUCACGUGUCCACCUAACUCUGAUCCACUCGCCACCCACGAAGCUCCAUCCCUUCUCAUGUUCCUGAACAAGUCAAGUGCCAGGUCACCCCUUGAGCUGACCAGACUGGCUGCAGUGUUGUAUCAAUGGCUUUUGACACCGAUAUAGAAGAGUGUAUAGCCACUGGCUUGUUUGUAAUAAAACGACUUUUAAUAGGCUUUAAAAUGCAAACAAAUGCCUCGAUACCUUUUAUGUAUUAGUUCAUCCUGUUGGCGAUUCGCAUUCGAUAUGGAUGGCACCUCGGCUUUGUAAUGUACGUUGAACUUCUUUUUCGCACCGUACAUAGCCAACUGUGCUAAUCGGAGGUGCGCGGUAAGGACAAACUAAAAUAAAUCAAAUCGGAGACAGAGAAGUUCAACUGCACAUGGCAACUGGCGGUCUCUUCAGAGACAGGACUUGGGCCGGGGCUUUUGUCUCGUGUCAACAAGGUUCAGUUUUGGAAGAAAUUUUUUUUCUUAAGUUUCAUUCUUUUCAUACCCCAUGGUAUAUAGUAAAGUCUCAACUAUUAUAUUAUAUGGUUCUUUCGGUUAAAUCACGUAGAAAAAGAAUAAUCAAAGAAUGAAAAUGAAGUGAAUAAAAAAUAAAAAAUAUCACGACGUUUCGAUCGCAACACAAACGGUCGUCAUCAGGUUCCUGAUUUUUUAUUCACUUUAUUUUAAUUUUAUUAUUUUUUUCUAUCUACGUGACUUUACCGAAAGAAGCAUAGACUAUGAAUUCCUGCAGUCACGAAAGUUUGAAGUCAAAAGCUCAACUGUUACCCAUUUGUUUUCACUCAUCUGUCUCGCCUCUUAUUUGUCCUUUGAAGAAGGGCCAUUGUCCGAAACGUCACCUGCUUCAUACCAUUCCUUUUGAGGCAACCGUGUUGUUGGCGAAUGCGUUGAGCUCUUGGCCAUUCGCGAUUUCUACGCCGCUGCGUUGGCAGCAUCGCCAAAUCAUGUCUGGUUUUGAUCAGCUCGGGAGCAGUCUGGGUAGCAGCAGGCUUGGGUGUGAGCGCGGGUUUGACUUGAACCCACUCGCCACUGGAAAACGGCCUCUGAGGGGCCAUCCAUUUAGUACGCAGUACGCAAACAUCUGUCAAAACUUUACCCCUCCCCUCCUCUCCCCACCUGCGUACGUACGCUUGAUGCACCCCCCCCCCGAAUCCUAUAAAACGGCCGAAACGAUCAAGGAUGAAUAAUAUUAACGUGUUUAAGCAAACAGUCCACCGCCGGACUAACUAAUUUGAAGGCCAAUGUAGACAAAUUAUUAGUGAGGCUUCACCCCACCCCCCCCGUUUACAUUCUCCAUUGCGUACGCACAUUGUCAGUAGACCCCUCAUACGCAAGCGUACGGUUUGGGUUAAACCCCCCUUUCCCCCCUCCAUGCGUACGCACUGAAUGGAUGGCCCCUGACUUCGUGUCAGAGGUCGCAAACGGGUUUUGAAUCCUUACCCGUACCCGGCCGCACCAGGGUCGCAAAUGGGUACCCUACCCGAUACCCGGCUACCCGUACCCGGCCGGGUACGGGUAGGGUACGGGUAUCGGGUACCCGAUUGCGACCUCUGGGAUGAAGCUAUGUUGCAGGCGCGGGUGGGUUGAUUCUAGGAACUUGAAUUGUGAGAAGAGACAAGACGUUGGGAAAUGAGUGACAAACGGUGACUCACCAGUGACUCACCAGUGACUCACGGCCUACCCGUACCCGGACGCACCAGGGUCGCAAACGGGUACCCAGGUAUCGGGUAGGGUACGGGUAUCGGGUACCCGGUUGCGACCUCUGCUUCGUGUGCUACCGCAUUGCGCUGUCGCUCGCUCGAAGCAGCAGAGGGCGCUCCAAUGCAAAGUUAAGACGCUCGCCUUUACUCGGAGGUCUAAGAAAUAAUACGGAAUGCAUCAUGUGCAGUGCAUCUAAACCCAUGCACACCACCGUAGAAGUAUUGCCAUAAUCUAUUGCAACAGCCAAACAGAAUGCAAAAAUUUCACGCCGUUUUUAUUUGCAAAGGUUAGCCUUGGCCGAACACUUAUUUUGGGAAAAUCAUAUGAAUUGGCCAGUGUAUUGCCAUUUGAGAGCGAACGCAUUGCGUUUCAUUAUUUUGCAAGGGAACACGGUGAAACCGUGGCUCCACUGAACGGGACUGUCGGCUAAUUUAAGUCUACGUUUUGACUUCAGGCUUGAUUUGUAUGUUGAAAGAGUGCCCAAGUGACCCACUUUUGGCGGAAGACCAUUAUCCACAUUUUUAAAUUCGUCUUUUUGGGAGUCGAAGCUUGAUUACGAGUACCAUUUGUGGCGGUGAAUAUGUAGAUAAUGGUCUGUGUGUCAUUUGGGUUCGCAGCGCGGUAUUUGUAGGUCAGACGUUUCAGCCACUGCUAUGUCUAUUAUAAGUCAGAUAUGCCGCUGUUAAGUACAACGACUACACAUUUAAUCGAAGAUAAACGGGCUGCCCCGUGCCCGUUUGCGAAAGCCAAGAAUGUGUUUUAGUCGCGGCCAAAGUACUGCCCACCCCCCCCCCCCUCUAUAAUGUAAUAUUCCCCAUGACCAAACGGGCCCCUUUGUAAACUGCAGCCAUGUGCACCUUCAUCGGCUCAAAUAUAUACUCUCAGUAAAUCAAGGGCUGCUCAGCUUUGAAGAAUGGGGGCACGAUGUGAGCCAUGUAAACAGCAGCGGAUAGCAGUGCUGAGGCAUGGUUUUAAUGAGGAUUUGUGGGUGGCGUGUGGGGCCAGAGCGUGAAAGUGCGAGCACGCUUGCGUUACUUGCGUUCAUCAACAUCGUCGGUCAUGGUCUAUCUACUGCUGUGCGGAGGGCUCCACGCGUUGCCAUGCAUCACGGUGUCCGCGAUCGCGCGCGAAUAGAAUGCGUACAGAAAAACUGCCGGGAAAGUCGUCGUGAUGACAAUGCACCCACGUGUAGAUUGGUCGACUUGAAAUGUUGGUGACGUGGGUCGGAGCGAGGACCGGCAUUUGAGAAAUGUGGUUGCGGUUAUGCAAAAAAAUAUAUUGCGAGUGCAAACUUCGUGCGGUCGUUUACAAAAUGUUCAUUUUGAAGAAGAAAAAAAAAAGUCCUGCAAUAAAUAGUGCAAAAUGAGGAGUGGUUUCUAACAUUUUCCAAUUCAAUAACGCGGACAAUGUUACACGGUGCUUUUAAUUUGGAACUGUUUAUAACUUGUGCACUCGGCUUAAAAUACUAGUGGCUCGCACGCCGACAGCUCUGUGGCCCGACCACCCCCUGCCACCGUCACAAGUGAACUUUGCGUGGAGCCACGUGCAAAUUGCAAUAUUCCUGCUCUUGCGUGUGGUCUCCAACAUGAUGAUGACAUGGGGGCCCUGUGGCCAUGCCGUGUCGAGGUUCAAAACGUUUUGUCUCGGUAUUGUUUUACGCAGAUUUUACAUGGCCUGUUUUAAUUUUGUAAUGCGUUUGCCCAUAUUAAUACAGUCUACUCAAGUCUCCAAAUAUUUUGCUGGUUUUCCUUUGGAGGCAGUGCCAAGCUCCACAUAGUGAUCAGGGAGUCCCUCUUCACAAGGGAGUUGUAGGUAAUGAUGGCUCUACUGUGCUGAUGAUACCUAACAAGAAUGAAACUCAUUAUCCCGUUUUGACGGGACAAUUGUCUAAAGCCAGCCUGUGCGUUACAUAUAUAAUGUUGGGUGAUAUCACGUGACAUGAAAGGCAGGAUGGGAGGACCAAUGUGCUCGUCACCUUUACGGCCCCGAGCCGGGGUGGUAGGAAUUCUGCACUAUGAUGUCAAGGGCCCAGUCCAGGACGUCACCUGCUCUUUUACCACAAAGCGGUUUUCAUUUUUCACUCCCAGAGUAAUGGCGGGCUGAGUUGGGCCCCAACAGCAAUUUUAAGUAGUGACCUCCUGGGAGUUAGUCGAGUGUUUUGAUCACGUUGUUGCUCAUCAGAAUAACUCGUAAGAAGGAAAAGCCACCAGGCGAGUGCCCAUUAAUUUUUUCGGUAAAGUCACAUGUAGAAAUAAAAUAAAAUGUAACUAAGUAAAUUAAAAUUUAUGUAAAUAAAUUACAUUUGUUUAGUUACAUUUUACUUCUACAUACGUGACUUUACCGAAAAAACCAAUGAGGAGUACAGUCAUUUCUGCAGUCACGAAAGCUUCAAUCCUAUGUUAGUGCCCAUUCGUGUAUAAUCACACAGCUACCAAUGAGGAUGAAUUGCAGGAUAUGGUGGAAUCACUUCACAAAUAGAUCUGCAAAGUUGAACUUGAGAUAAUUGUGAUUUAUACACAAAAAUCGACAGAUUUCCCGUAUACCCUAAACAUACUGUUGGGGCAAGUGCUGUUUGCGAGCAUCUAUGAAGGCAUGGCUUUUGGGGUUCCAAUUUCUUUUUAAGUGGCCAAUAACAGUGAAUGACGUGAUGACCAUUUUAAAUGAGUGGGGUUAUCAAGUGAUUGACUUUAUUGGUCAUGUAAAUAAAUGAGUUCCUAGCAGUUUUUCUACCUUAGGUGGUACCGAUUUCUUCUCUGAACCAUGGACUAAAAUGAUGAAAUACACAGAUGAGCAAGAGUAGGAUGGGAUGCUUUUGGGAAACUGAAUUUGAUCAUGAAAAGCAGCUUCAUCAUUAAGCCUGAACGGGAGCAUUUUCACUCUGCCAACGAUGACACUGGGAUAAAGAUGGAACUCAAGUAAAAAGAGCAUGAGAUGAAGCUAGCAAAGACGCAUGCGUGGAAAUAUGCUGAGAAACACAACGUGGUACACAUGGACCAGUACACAAUGCAAUGUCGAGAGAUCAUUGUGAAUGAGGGAUAAGUUAAGGGGACUUGGGCAGGAGGCGUCGCUCAAAGGGACGUUGGCCGAUGGUCAAGACCAAUGACGGAGUGGCAGCAACGGAGCCAGCGAUGGAAUCGGCGCGUGUGUGUGGGUGCUGUGUGUAUUAUUAUAUCAGGAUCGCGAGAGUUGGCAGUGGCUUUCCGAUAUCUUCACCCAGAAGUGGAUUGAUUAUGGCUGUCGAUGAUGACAAUAUAAGAUAGUGUUAAUGGUCAAUGUGAUCAGGUUUUUUAAAAUCUUAUUGAUACUUGAAAUGUGUUCAACAUGGGGUGGCGACGUGGACUCACGGGCGUGCAUUCGCUGCUCGUUCUAGAAUUUUACGGUUCGAAUCUAGCGGCUGUCCUGAUGAAUACCGCAUGCGUUAUUGCCGUAGAAAUGUGCCAAUCGGACGUUCAAGAUUCACAAGAGUAGGCCAGCGUGUUGCCGGCGUCAUGGUCCAAAUUUUAACAAAAAUAGCCCGGCGAGUUACUCAAAUGGGAAUACA